UAAACACUCACGCCUGCCCAGGAGUUGGAGAGGCGGGAGGAGCCGGAGAGGCCACUACCUCGUGCAAGGAGGUCAUCUUGAACGUUCCAAAUCUCUACCAUUACCUGAUGCUGCUGAUAAAAUCAGGAUGGCUUUAAACUCAGGGCCCCCGGCAGGUGUCGGACCUUACUAUGAAAACCACGGAUACCAGCCUGAAGGCCUGUACCCCACGCCGCCCGCUGCAGUCCCCAGCGCCUAUGCAGUGUAUCCGGCUCCAUACUACCCACCCACGGUGCCCCAGUACGCACCCCGGGUGCUGACGCACACGUCCACGCCCAGCAGCCCCACGCAGCCCAAGUCCCCGCCGGGGAUGGUGUGCACCUCAAAGACGAAGAAAGUGCUGUGUAUCACCUUCACCCUGGGGGCCGUCCUGGCGGGCGCGGUGCUGGCCGCCGUCCUGCUCUGGAAGUUCCUGGAGAACAAGUGCUUGAUGUCUGGGAUCGAGUGCGGCUCCUCGGGAACCUGCGUCAGCCCCUCGCACUGGUGCGACGGGGUCCUGCACUGCCCCAGCGGGGAGGACGAGAACCAAUGCGCUCGCCUCUACGGACCGAACUUCGUCCUGCAGGUGUUCUCGGCCCAGAAGGGGUCGUGGCACCCCGUGUGUCAGGACGACUGGAGCGAGGGCUAUGGAAGGGCCGCGUGCCAGGACAUGGGCUACCGGAAUAGUUUUUAUUCCAGCCGCGGAGUAGUGGACGACAGUGGGGCCACCAGCUUCAUGAAGUUGAACUUAAGUGCUGGCAACGCGGAUCUCUACAAGAAACUGUACCACAGUGACGUCUGCUCUUCAAAAAUGGUGGUCUCUUUACGCUGUAUAGAGUGCGGGGUCACCGCCAAGAUGGGCCGCCAGAGCCGCAUCGUGGGCGGCACCAGCGCCGCCCUUGGGGACUGGCCCUGGCAGGUCAGUCUGCACGUCCAGGGCGUCCACGUCUGCGGAGGCUCCAUCAUCACCCCCCAGUGGAUCGUGACAGCUGCCCACUGUGUGGAGGAACCACUGAACAGCCCACGGCACUGGACGGUCUUCGCGGGGAUUUUGAGACAGUCGUUCAUGUUCUAUGGACACGGGUACCGAGUGGACAAAGUGAUUUCCCAUCCAAACUAUGACUCCAAGACCAAGAACAACGACAUCGCUCUUAUGAAGCUGCAGACACCUCUGACUUUCAGUGACAAAGUGAAGGCAGUGUGUCUGCCCAACCCGGGCAUGAUGCUCGAGCCGGAGCAGCCGUGCUGGAUUUCCGGGUGGGGGGCCACCCAUGAGAAAGGGAAAACCUCGGACGAGCUGAACGCCGCCCCGGUGCGGCUCAUCGAGCCCCGGCGCUGCAACAGCAAGCACGUCUACAACAGCCUGGUCACGGCGGCCAUGAUCUGCGCCGGCUACCUGCAGGGAACCGUCGACUCCUGCCAGGGUGACAGUGGGGGCCCCCUGGUCACUCUGAAGAGCCACAUCUGGUGGCUGAUUGGGGACACCAGCUGGGGAUCCGGCUGUGCCAAAGCGAACAGACCAGGAGUGUACGGAAACGUGACCGUAUUUACGGACUGGAUUUAUCGACAAAUGAGGGCAAACAGCUAAUCCUUGACACACUUCUGCAAGAAAAUGAAGGGGCUGAUUUUUAAUUCCCUGUGUGUGAUGUACUUCUAGAAGUGAUUCGAAGGUCCUUUCGUUAUUAAAUAGUGUAUUUGUCUGUC